CCCAAAAAAGCUAAUAAAAAAAAAACAAAACAACUUCAUACAUAGGUGUCUGAUUGUCCCGUUUUAACGCAAAUAGCUUUUCUCUCUCAAAUUCUUAACCACUUAUUUUUUCACACUUUCUUUCUCCAACUUCCUAUACUUUCUCACUUCAUUUUCUGCUUUCAGCUUCUAAAUUAACCUCACAACACAAACAAACAUCACCACCUCGUACGUAACUCAUGGAAGCUCAAGAGUUUUUCCAAACCACCUUUUUGUCCGACAAUAAUUUGGCCACAACCAAUGUAAACAACGCUGCUGCUUCUGCUGCUUCUGAACACUUUGUUGUUGAAGAUCUGUUUGAUUUCUCUAAUGAUGAUGAUGAUGCUGCCAUUGGUGACCCUGCUUUUGAUUCUCCUCCUACCAUCUCUGAUAAUUCUCCACCGAUUGAAACUAAUGAAAAUUCCAAUUUUUUCAUGGAGAAUUCUGUUGAUGAGCCUUUCUCCGGCGAACUCUCCGUCCCGUAUGAUGAUCUUGCGGAGCUAGAAUGGUUAUCCAAAUUUGAUGAAGAAUCAUUCUCAAGUGAGGACCUACAGAAACUAGAAUUGAUAUCUGGCUUGAAGGCAUCAAACGAUGCCGCAUCAAAAGCAAACGAAGAAUCCAACUCAAGCUUACACCCUCCUCAAGUGUCCGUGCCUGCUAAAGCUCGUAGUAAACGACCUCGUGGCCCUCCAUGCAACUGGACUUCUCGUCUUCUAGUUCUCUCGCCGUCCACCGUCACCACGGCCACUGCAUCCUCUCCCUCAGACGUCAUAGCUCCACCAAAGAAACCCUCGCCGAGAAAAAGAGACAAUGGCGAUGGUGAGGGUCGCAAGUGUCUUCAUUGCGCCACUGAUAAAACUCCUCAGUGGCGCACUGGACCACUAGGUCCAAAAACACUCUGCAACGCCUGCGGAGUCAGAUAUAAGUCAGGACGACUCGUACCUGAAUACAGGCCUGCAGCAAGCCCAACGUUCGUGUUGACGAAACACUCCAACUCGCACCGGAAGGUGCAAGAACUCCGGCGCCAGAAGGAGAUGAUGAAGGUCCAUCAUCACCAAAUGUUGCAACUACAAGUCCAACAUCAUCACAACAUUAUGUUUGAUGGACCAUCCAACGGUGAUGAGUACUUGAUCCAUCAACACGUGGGACCUGACUUCACGCACCUCAUGUAGUACGGUGAUGUGGUUGGAAAGUUAAACGUCCAACGCUGCUUCCAUUAUUUUUGUAGCUACAAUUAAUUUUACUUCUUUCUUUCUUACUUAAUUUUGUCAGGAACUUAAUUUUGCUUUUCAGUAACUUUAAUUUUUUUUCUAGUUUAUGACUGGUUAAAUUAAUAAUAGUUUCUUCAAUUUUUUUA